GGAACCUUGGUGGCGGCGUGGCAGCCGCCCGGGCCCGAGCGCUGUGGCACGGCGGAGGCGGUGCCGGUCCCCACGUGUGCGCGGCGCGAUGGCGGCGGUGCCGGCGCUCCCGGGGCUCCAGGGCAUCCAGACGUGCCUCAGGGUGGCCGGAGCGGCCGCGGCGCGCCCCGAGUGCUUCCUCAGUGUGCAGGAUGGGCUGGCUGCCGACUUCAGAGCAAUGACGAAGACUCUCUACGAUUUGAAUAAAGGAAGUAACAUUGUUCGUGGGGGCCCUCUAAAAGAGCUGGUAAUAGAAAAUUUUGAUGAAGAACAGAUUUGGCAGCAACUAGAGCUCCAGAACAACACAGUUCUCAAUUUCUUCAAGAAAUCCAUUGCAAGGGAUGCCGAGGAUGAAGAUCUUUGCCUUCUCUCAGACCAGGAAGAGGAUGGCUCUGGUGCAGAGACCAGCAGUGACAAGGAGUUGGAAGACAACAUAAUGGAAGUGGAAACUGAACAGAUGAAUGUUUAUACAAAAGAUAAAGAUAAAAAUAAAACUAAAGCUAAAGAAAAACAAAGUAAACUCAGAGAAAGCAUAAUGCAGAAAGACAGUGAUGAGGAUUCUGAUAUUGACUUUGAUAUUGAAGCUCUGGAGCAACAAGCUAAAACAGCCAAGGAAACCACACUGAGAAAGAAGGGAAGGAAAUCUGUAGUGGAUGAUAAGUUUUUUAAGCUAGCUGAGAUGGAAGCUUUUUUAGAACAUGCAGAGAAGGAAGACAAUGAAGAAGAAGAAGAUGAUGACAUUAAUUAUUUUGAAGACAUUAUCUCAGAUGAUGAGGAAGACUCUGAAGAAGCUAAAGUCAAACCAAUUAAAAGUUCCAGAGAUAUGACAUACAAAGAUUUCUUUGAUCCAGUUGAUGAUGAUGAUGGUGAUGAUGAUUUAGUAGCUAAUGAUGCUGAAGAGGAUCAGGAAGAGGAAGCAGACAGUGCCAUUGAAGAGCAAAAUGAAGAAAGUAUGUCUGAGUUUGAGGAUAUGGAUGAAAUGGUGGAGCACAUGAGAAGUAAAGAAGCUUCUAAAAAAGUAACUUUCAGUUUGCCAGAUGACAGUGAAACAGAAGAUGGAACUGAAGCACAAUUAGAGAAGGACAUCAGUCCCAGUGAAAUAAAGUCCUCAUUUGAGAAGAGACAGGAAAAGAUGAGCAAAAAAAUAAAAAGCUUGGAAGAAGCACUGUUAGAGGAGAAGCCCUGGCAGCUGAAAGGAGAAGUGACUGGGCAGAAGCGCCCUGAGAACAGCCUUUUGGAAGAAACAGUGCUCUUUGACCACGCAGUGAGAAUGGCACCUGUGAUCACAGAAGAAACGACUUUUCAGCUUGAAGAUCUCAUUAAGCAGAGAAUAUUGGAUGAGGCAUGGGAUGAUGUAGUACCAAAAGAGAAACCCAAAGAGGAAGCUUUUGAGUACAAGAAGCGGAUCAGUUUGGAUCAUGAAAAGAGUAAACUGAGUCUGGCUGAAAUCUACGAGCAGGAAUACAUGAAACUUCACCAGCAAAAGACUGAAGAGGAAGAAAAUCCUGAACACAAAGAAAUUCAGGAGAUGAUGGAUUCACUCUUCCAGAAGCUGGAUGCACUUUGUAAUUUCCACUUCACACCCAAACCACCGGUGCCAGAAGUUAAAAUCGUGUCCAACCUUCCAGCUAUAAGUAUGGAAGAAGUAGCACCAGUUGCUGUUAGUGAUGCUGCUCUCUUAGCACCAGAGGAGAUCAAGGAAAAGAACAAAGCUGGUGAUGUAAAAACUGAUGCAGAAAAGACUUCCACAGACAAAAAACGAGAACUGAGAAGGAAAAAGCUCCGCAAACGUAUGAAGCGAAGGGAAAGGGAGAAACGUCAGAAGCUUCUGGAAAAGAUGAAACCAGAACAAGGCACAAAACUCAGCAAGAAAGCUGCUGCAGCAAAAUUAAAAAGGCUUGCCAAAGAAGGCAAGGCAUCUCUGCUCAAGGAUGAAGGUAAAGACAAGGCCUUGAAAUCAUCCCAGGCCUUCUUUUCUCAGCUGCAAGAUCAAGUGAGAAUGCAAAUCAAAGAUGCCAGCAAAUUAAAAAAGAAACAGAAGAAGGAGAAAGCAAUCUCUGUUCAUAAACUAAAGUUGUAAUUUACCUUUUUUAUACAGGUACAUACAUAUAUACAUCUUGUAUAUAUUAAAUUUUUUUUCUGAAUUUGA